AUGAGCUCGUCCAUCACUUCAUCCAUGGCUAGCAGCUCUGCUGACGGCGGCAUCGGAUCCUCCUUGAUCGGCCCUGGAGGUGCUCCACUCAUGGCGGGCGCACCUGCCGCAGCCAACACAAUCGCCAACAAGCAGGCCGUGGCCGGCUCCUCACUGUACCAGGCAUGCCUCAAUCUGCGCGAUCGUCUCUACUCGGUGCCAGGCUUCGGCGAAGCCUAUCUCGACGAAUUGUCCGCCAGCUCGGCCGUCUCGUCUACCUCCAACUCCGACCCCCUUUCCCCAUCAGCCCGCAGCCCCACUUCGCCAACGGAUGCACCAACGCGAAAGGCGAGCAGCGAUCCCGUCACUCAGCUCUGGCAGUGCUUCCGUCUCGGCUCGCCCCUCUGCGCGCUAUUCAAUACCAUGAACCCCGACGUCGAGUUGCCAGUCAAUCCAGAUGCAAAUCGCUCUAAUGCCAACGCGUGCAAGGCCCAGGUGAUGAAGUUCAUCAUCGCAUUGAAGGAAAAACUCGGCUGGGACCCUGACGACAUCUUCACCGUAUCCCAGCUCUACCUCAACGACACCAAUGGCUUUGUCAAGGUCGUACGCACCAUCAAUCGUCUGCUGGAUGUCUUUGAAGAUCGCGGUCUGCUCAUCGAGACAAAUCGCAAGAGCGACAAUGACGAUCUGGAUCAUCCCUCCGACGAUCGCGCCAAAGUCAUUCGCGAGCUCUUGACCACGGAGCGAAAGUACGUCCAAGACCUCGAGGUCAUGCAGAACUACGCACGCGCUCUUGCACAGCACGACAUCUUGCCCCCCGACACGCUCCACAACCUGUUUGGCAACCUCAACAAGCUCGUCGACGUGCAAAGACGCUUCCUCAUCUGCGUCGAGGAGAACGUCCGCCGGCCACCGGACGAGCAGCAUUUCGGUCACGUCUUCAUGACCAUGGAGGACGACUUUUCGGUGUACGAGCCCUUCUGUGCGAACUACAACCUCGCACUCGACCUCAUCACGCAGGAAGCCCACAAUCUGGUGCGACUCAAAGGCACGCCUUCCGCCGAGGGAUGCUACCUCGACCCGGCGUACGAGCUGCCCACCUUCAUGAUCAAGCCCGUGCAGCGCAUCUGCAAAUACCCUCUGCUGCUCGACCAGCUGCUCAAAAAGACUCCUGAAGAUGCACCUCGCUAUCAGGAGCUCGAGGAUGGUCUCGAGGUCAUGCGCAGGAUCACCGACAAGGUGAACGAGACAAGUCGACUCCAGGAGAAUGCGCAGCUCGUCAAGGAGCUCGAAUUCCGCGUCGAGGACUGGAAAGGCCACAACAUCAAGACGUUCGGUCUGCUGCUGCUCUCGGACGUGUUCAUGGUGGCAAAGAGCGAGACGGAGAGGGAAUAUCACGUCUACCUCUUCGAAAAGAUCCUGCUCUGCUGUAAGGAGCUCGCGCCUGCCGCGCAGAAAAAGUCUGCCAAGAACAACUCGCUCCUCAAGCAAAAGAAUGGACCGGGAGGAGCAGCAGGUGGCAAAAAGGCAAAGACCACACUCCAGCUCAAGGGACGCAUCUUCAUCAACAACGUCACCGGAGCUUUCGCCAACUCCAAGAUGAGCAGCAUCCUGGGUGCACCCAGCGGGCAGCACGCUCUCCAAGUGUGGUGGAGAGGCGACGUGGACCACGAGUCGUUUGCGUUGAAAUGCAAAAACGAGGAGCAGCUCAAGCAAUGGCAGACGGCCAUCAACAAGCUCAUCGACGACGUCAACAUGCGACGACAGCAGGCAGCCGCACAUCACUACUCCCAACAGCAGCUACAGCACCAGCUGCAGCACCAGCUGCAGCACCAGCAGCAGCACCCACAGCCAAGCAUCAACAUGGCCGGAGCAGGCGCCUUGGGACGACGCAUCACGCAGACAACCUCGCACUUCCCGCAGACGCCGCUAUCAGAGAUGGCGCCCGCCAACCCAUUCACCAGCGCAGUCCUGCCGCCGUCGGGUCUGUCGCGCACGCAGAGUCAGGCGAGCUCGUACCGCUACGACGACGACGAUUCGGAAGGUCAGAGCUACUACGAGCCCGCUUCCGGGCGUGCCACGCCCGCGGCGCAAGGUCGUUUCUCGCAGCCUGGCUCCGAGGGUCGCGAGCGCGGCAACUCGUCUGCCAGCAACGGCGUGCACGGCAACAAUAACGACUUGAAGCCGCGUGCUCGCACCGAGGAUCAGGAUUCGGCCGUGAUGGCUCAGUGGAGAUCCAACUCUCCGGCUGUGGCCCCACCCAUGCCUCGGGGACUCAGCUACUCGUCUGGCGCGGAUCAGCAUCAGCACGCCUUGCGCAAAGCCAGCUCUUCGCGCCAUCUGCGGCAGCAGCCCAACGGCGCCGUGCAAGGCAACGCAUCGGCAGCGGCUGGCCACCCGCGAACGCACCGCGCAGCUGGAGUCGACGGGGGUGCAGUCGAGUACCUCGACGGAUCCUCCGACUCUGCAUCCAGCGACUUCCGUUCAGCGACAGCACGACCAAGAGGCGAUUCGAGCGCCUCGAGCAUGUCGCGCACCAUCUCGGAUUCGGGUGCAACGCACAGUCGGUCGCGAUCCGCUUCGAAUCCGCAGCAGAUGUACGCGCUGCCGCCGCACAUGCAGGCGCCUGCACCGCCGAUGCCGAAACCGUACGAUCUGAAGAACGGCACAAACGUGGCGGCAGCAGCCACCGCCGCUGCAGCAUCCACAUCCGCCGCCAUCGCCGACAAACGUUUCUCCAGCUCCUCCAUCGCCACCUCCGAAUCCGCCACAUCUGCCCAAUCGCGUCCGCAGUCAACUGCCGCAUCUUCACCGUACGUCGUCGUAGUCCUCUCCAGUACCUCCUUCUCCACGCUGCUCGAGAAAGUCACCAAGAAGAUCCGUCUCUGCUCCGGAAAAUCCGUAGAGCACGUACUGCGCAUCAGGUACAUCGACGAGGAUGGAGACGCCGUGCUCGUGAGCGACGACGACGACGUAGCGAUGGCCUUCGAGAGCGCGAGAGAGAGGGGAGGCGAGGUCGAGCUCGUGGUCAACUAG